AGAGAAAUGAUGGUUGCUCCUCUGUUAGUGGCUGGUAUCCUAGGCCUUCUUGUUGGAACAGCUAAACCUAUGUGUGUCCCGACAGAAUACACGCUCUAUCUUGAGAAGCAAGAGUGUGACUUCUGUGUGGCCAUCAACACUACAAUAUGCAUGGGCUUCUGUUUUUCAAGGGAUAGUAACAUGAAAGAAUUGGUGGGACCUCGUUUUCUAAUCCAGAGGAGCUGUACCUAUCAGGAUGUGGAGUAUCGUACAGCAGUUUUGCCUGGUUGUGCCACUCAUGCUGAUUCUCACUUCACCUACCCAAUCGCUCUCAGCUGCCACUGCAGCAUGUGUAACACACGCAGUGAUGAAUGUGCCCACAAAACCAGACUCAGUGCAGCCAAGUGCUCCAAACCAGUCCGACGUUUGUACCCCUAUCCUGGGCAGAGUGAUGACAUCUAA